AAUGUGAAGUUUAUUUUGAACCUGUCUGGAAUUUGUAUCACCGGGACAAGGUCUCCAGUUUAUGGAAUAUUAAGUAACGGCUGUGAGGGGUUUGGUGAAACCUGUCUUACCAUGAUGCCAGGGGACAACCAGUCCAAAACGGCCGCCAUCGCCGCGGACGCGACGGUUGGAAACUGUCAAAACUGCUCUGUUUUGCAUCAGAGCCUGACAGAAUAUGUGUCGUCAUUUCUGGCACUCAAACAGAAGAUAUCAGUUUCUGAUGACACGAUCAGGCUUCAACAACAGCUGGAGGAGCUGCAGAUCAGAUUGGUUACUCUGGAGAAAAAGACGGCAGAUUAUGAAUCUAUGCAAGAAGAACUGGAGGAAAAGAAGGCUGCUCUUAAGGCCUAUGUUCUGAUGUCUGAAGAGAUGGAAGAACUGAAGCAGCAAAACAGCAGGCUGGUGGCAGAGAAUAAGAAGCUUGAAGAGCAGCUCAAGGAUUUGAAAGAAUUGACAGAAACACACUCACUUGAAAAUGCACAGCUGAAGAGGGAAAAGGCCGUGGUAGAAAAUGAUUUGCUGCUAACACAGACAUCUUUGAAGAAAUCUCAGGCAAAAGCAGAACAAGUUGAAAAAUUGAUAGAGGAGAACGCCAGGACAACAAGCAUAAAGAACAACCUUGAAAAUAAAGUUAGACUGCUUGAAGACUCAGUUUGCAAACAGAAUAAUCAAAUAUCCCAGCUGACCAAAGAGAAGAUCCUUCUAGAGAGAAAUAUUUAUGACCUCCAGGUGAGACUGAGGAAACUGGAAAGAGAGCAGAGUAAAGAUUAUACGAGCACAUCAACUCAAGCAAGUGUACCUGAGGAGCCUAAAGUUGACAAAGAAAAGAUCCAGAUGCUGCUACAGAGUUUGUGGGCAUGUGUGGAACCUCAGCAGCAGCACUCUGCAAACCUGUUGCACUUACCUGAGACCAGGUCCAAGCAAGUUCUACCCUCCUCCCCACAAAAAAGACGGCACUCUCAUCUGAGUCACGUGUCCCCGUCUACUUCUCACAAGAUCAGUGAUGACAGAUACCCCAUGCAGAGAAAAGCCAGUUCUACACAGUUAAAACCCUCUCCUCAUAAGCAGAAAGCCAUCGAGCAGCAACCAUUUCUGCCAUCAACAGGUGCCAAGAAGCAAACUCCCAAAAAGCCCAAGCGAUUGUCCAAGGAACACAAAACUGAGGACUCAUCUACUGACUUGGGCAGCUCUGAAAUAUCUGUUGGAGAGAUAAUGGCAUUGUUCAAACCAAUGCCUGCCUGCAUUUCACCACUAGCAGAUUUGGUGAAAAUUCAGGACACAGAGAUGGAAUCUAUGGAGACAAAUGAUGGAGAAAAGGAAACUGCCAAAAUGUCUGAUGACUCUGUUCAUCAUCAACAAGAUGAGUCCUUACCAGUCACAACAUCGGUAACAAGCCACUGUCCACAAUCAUGUACAACAUCAGAGGAAGAGGUGGUCUUGCCAGUGGUCGCAACACAGGAAUUGGAACAUAUUUCCAAUAAAGACGUGGGACAAAAUGAGUUGAGUGGCAUUACUGAAAUGAAGGGCAAAAACAGCACUGAUGCUGAGGAAAUGCCUCUUCAAAAAGACACGCAGACCAAGCAGAAGCCAGCUACUGUGUGUUUAGUAUCAGCAACUUCUUCUACUUCUUCUUCACCAUCAGACAUAACUUUGUUGGUUGAGGUUGUCUCGUUAACGACUGAAAGUCAGGAGCCAUCCUGUGAUGUAAAUCCCAGUAGCAGUGAUGCCAAAAGCAUCUCUCAAAGUGAAAAUGCUGUAGGAACGGCAAAGGAUGAUCAGUCAGAGACAGCUUCAAAGAUGGAUGUAGACACAAGCGCUGGUGAUGUAUGCCCUGGUGGUGGAGAGUCACCUGGAGGAUGUGAUACAACUGUAAUCUCUGAAGAAACUGGAGAUGUACAGCCAGUUACUUCCUCAACAUUCACCGACUCUGUGAGAGACCCUGAGGAUACAGUUGGUUCAGAAAUGAAAGAAAGUCAUCAGGGCUCUUGUGGUCUAGGACAGGGCAGUCAAGAUGCCACAGUCUUUAAACCCCAGGAGAAUACUGGCUGUCUUGGCAAGGACACAGAUGUGCAAGACGAUAAGCUCUAUUUGUUAAGCAGCAGCAUCAGUAGUGUCUCAAAUAAAAUUGUUGAAGAGAGGGCUGAAAGUGACUCAUCCAUAAAACCUCUUGGUGAGGAAGAGGGGAAUAAAGUGCAAGGAACUGGAGGAGUUGAUGUUGCAGCUUCUACCUCAGAGUCAAAUGGUGAUAGUCAGCCUCAGUCUGCUCACAAGUCUUCACUGUUAAAAGCGGAAGAUGAAGAGUCCCAUGCUGACCAGGAAGCUGCUCAAGCAAAUGUUGAAACUGAUUCAAAGAAGGAUGUGGACAUAGAGACAAUUGAUGGUGAAAUACUAGCAGAUCAUGGGCCUUCCCUUUCUGACUCACAAGAGACUGUUAAAUGUGAAUCUGUGAAAGAAAAUAUACAUUCUGUGUGCAGGCAGUUGAGUCCUUCAUGCCUGUUACCUAAUGUAGAAUUGCAGGCUCUGGAAACUCACCAAAGCCCAGAAAAAUUAGAUGUCGGGGUUAACAUUGACCCCGUUUCAGAAAACACAAAAACUCCACAGGGUGUUUCCAAUCUAAAAGAAGAAGGUGUCAUUGAAAAAGCUAUUGUCAAAGACUUGCCUCAGGAUAGCAUAGACGCAAGUAAUCAUAAAGUGAGCAGAUAUAACUUGCGCUCUGUUAGGUGCACUACCUCAUUAAAGAGUUCUGCUGCCACAAAUGGACAAAAUAAAUGUACAGAAAUGCUUGAAAAACAAACCCCACAUAUGAUAAGAGAGGGAAUACCUAACUCAGUGGCAGGUUCAACUACCACUCAACCACCAGAAUGGAUCUGUGACGUUCGCUCCGAAUUUGGCCCUCCACUCCCUCGUCUCCUAACGCCCGUGAGUACACCUCCGAAGGUGGGCAAGUCAAUCAAUCCAAGGCAGGCUAUUGGUAAACUUUCAUUUCCCUCGCCCAUGGAUAGAGUGGCUUCUCCUACCACUCCUGUCAAGGCCCACUCGACUCCAAACAGCCAGCAGCUGAAUUCCUCAUCUCUAAACAGUCCACUCCCUCCAAACGGAGUCCCCUCGUCACCACUUCAGUUCGGCUCUGCCACUCCAAAACAUGCCGUGCCGGUUCCAGGUCGCUUGCCCCUGACGGCGAUGCAUUCUUCACCGUCAUCUUCCUCCAGUCCCUCUCAGGAAAACUCCAUGAGGAUCCUUGACACCAUGUACCCAGAUCUCUCUGCGCAUGCCCGAACUCUGAGCAUUCUCAGAGGGAACGUCGGUCUCAGCAUUUGUUCAUCGGAGAGUGGUACAGUCCCCACAACAACCGAUAGUCAGAUGUCGUGCUUUAAAACUAUAAACUCCACUUCAACUGCCUUUACCAAGACUGAAAUGAGAGCAGGAAAAAGACAGGCCAUGAAUAUGCCUCAACCUAAAAGCAGCAAAUGUCUCAGGCUAGAUAACUGCUCUCCUAAGGUCAGUCGCGAGGUGGUGCCUUCCUCCUUCUCAAACAGUGAAGAGGAAACCACCUCACCAGAGAAACCCGGGCUCAGUCUGCUUAAAAAAGAGACAACCGCUCCAUCCAUGGAAUGUGGAGAACCUGCAGAGAAAAAUCUUACAGGCAACUUUUUAAAGAAGAUCGAAAACCAGUGUUUUGAUCUGUUGCCUGUGAUCCAGAGCCACCUGUUUGUUGGUAACUUGCCCAAGAAGCCUGUCCUGAGAGACGAGGAGAAGGAGGUGAUCUCUGAGAUUUGCCAAAGCAGCUUGGCUGAUGAUAUGAUUUUGGCCAUCCUGAAUAAGCUGAAAGCAGAGAAACAAGAUCUCAGCAGUAACUACAUGCAGGCCCUCUGUAGAGUCCACACAGGGAUCUGUAGACAGAAGAGAGACUGGGGGAAGGCUCUCAUCCUGGCCCACAGCCUUCUCACAGAAGAUUUUCCAGACUCUGCUAAGCUGAUUUUGUUCAUGGCGACAACAUGGCCCAGUGUUCUCUCCCACAGUGGUUUUCUAUGCAAGGCGAUACAUACCGUCACAAAACUGAAAGCACCAGAAAACCUCCUCAGUUGCCUUUCAGCGUUCCUUGGUUGGGUGAAGAAUCCUCCCUGUGACAUCGACAUGCUGAUCUCCAGAACACUAUCUGACAUGCGAUCAGGGUCAAGCCUGGCUUUCAUUAAACACAGUCGGUACGGGCAUGACCUGGGGGCUGAGGCCUGGGAGCAUGUCCUAGCACUGCAACUUCUUUGCACACACAAGAAGUGGAAGUGGACCUAUGAUAAUCUAUUGGGGAGGGAGUUGUGGCCACUAAUGAACACUUGGGUGUCACAGCCCAGAGAUCAAAAAGCACCCAUCUCUGAUGCGACUGUUGCCACUGUGCUCCGACUCAUAGGAUACCUCGGUCAACUGGGAAUCAAAGAGAAGUGUGUUUCCUCUGUGGUGACUGUCGCCAAUGUCAUCAACAUGUUUGGUAGGCAGGGACAGACUGAAGGUGUACCAUGGGAGGUCCAGUUAGCAGCCGUCUACUGCAUCUACGACCUGUCUCCCUGCAACCCCAAACAAGCCCUGGAUGCCCUGGCAGAAUGGAGAGGAGAAACAUCUCAGAAUGUCCCGCCUGCUGUCACUAGCUGCAUUAACCAGUUAGCUUCUCUCUGCAGACAGGUAACAAGCUGAGAGAGAUGCACAUGCUGUACAAAUCCACAUUAGCAUACAUGUCAGUCUGUACCUAUUUUAAACACGGGGUAAAAGAAAAAAUCCCACGAUGCACCUCAAUGUUCAUUUUAACUUUAACAGCCUGCCUUGGGUGCACACUCUAAGCUAGACUACACCCCAUUUUGGUCACUUUCUAACACUGGUUUAAAGUAAGUUUUGUAUUUGAAUGUACUGUCAAAGACAGAAAAUUUAGUUUUUUUGUUUGUUUUGUUUGUUGUUCGAAUUAAAAGUUGUUCAUAUUGAACCAAAUCAUGUUGGCUUUGGUUCAUUCUCUCCUCACCUGCCUCAGUGUAAUAUAUUAUAAAGCCAUGAAAUUGCUCUCUGUGGUUAAGAUUUUCAUAUAUUGGCCUAAUAUGCAUCUUCAACAUUAUGUGCGAAUAACUUAUGUACAUCCUACACUUCUUGGAAAAAAAACAGACUGCUGUUCAUUAACACUCACGUUUAAAAAAUGGUGAAAAGGGCAGCAAUGGGGCUAAUGAUCCAGUCAAGUCACUACAACUAUCAGGUUUUAUUCUGCCUGCUCUGAUCUGUGAAAAGAGGGGAAACACAUAUGAGCCAUGAUUUCCGGGGCUUGCCUUCAAAAUAAAAGCCCCAAACCACAUUUGAAACAUUUUUUGAAGUAUUCUACCCAAUACCAGUGUCAAGUAAACAUGUAAGGGUCGUAUCACUGAAAUGUAAAAUGAUUGAAUAGGACAUUAUUUUGACAUAAAAAGACAAUAUUUAAAAAAAAAAAAAUCCUGGAGGAGAAAAUGGUUUUAGGUAACAUUUAGACAGGAGUUUGGAGUUGUUUGCAUGAGAUGCACUUUUUUGCAACAACUUGUAUUAUUAAAAAAGUAAAUAAAUAUUGUUAACUUUUUAUACUGAAAAAAAUGGGAGGUACUUUUAUUAUAUUUCUUCAGUUGAGAUUAGGCCUAUGUAAAAAUAUUUUUUUUAUAUAUAUAUAUUUGUAAUAAAUUGUAUUCAGUCUAAAAUGAGAUGUCAGUGGUUAUUGAUCAUGACAGGAUCUAGCAAGAUACCAGUGGUGCUACACUGUGUUCAAGAGAAUAAUGUGCAUCAUGUAAAAAUAUGAUUUUGUGAAUAUUGUAAAUAUGUUUGUGUAAAUAAAUUUACAUUCCUUUGUAA